UUAAAUUUAUCUAAUCUGCCAUUUCAUUUCUGCUAUCGAAAGUAAAAUAUAUUUAUGCGGCAUGUAUUCAUUGUGCACUUAGUGCAUAUUUAUAGCGUGCGAAAGCAGUGGAACUUUUUAGAUAUGCCAAAUGUCUUUCAUGCCUUUCCGACGUACGUUCCUGACCGUGACAUUUGAUUCGAUACGUUAUUAAUCUUAACCAUUUGACGUGACUUUAGACGUACAUUUUCAAAAUCAUUACGAUUAAAAACGCAUUAAAUUUAUUAAUGCCUGUGUUCAAGCAACUUAAUUGUCUUAUGACAGAUCUACUAUUUAAAAAACGUAAGAAUAACACUGAUGAGUCUACUUGUUACAAAGAUGGAAGACAAUUAAAGAGUAAUAGUUCUCAGUAUUGUUACUUAGAAAUACAUUUGUUACAGUCGCAGUCGUGAUAGCGUUCUUCAUUUGUUGGGCUCCAUUUCAUGUACAACGAUUGAUCGCCAUAUAUGGAACUAAUACAGAGGAUCACAUCACAUCGAACGGCCCGUGGAUGGAAUUUAUUUAUCUUCUAAUGACCUACGUGUCAGGUGUUUUCUAUUACGUAUCCACGACGAUCAAUCCGAUCCUUUACAACAUCAUGUCGAACAAAUUUCGCAUGGCGUUUAUGGAAACAUUAGCGAAGAGCUUCAGACUCUCUGGAUUGCCAGCACGUAACGAGCAACGAUCCUAUUCCAGCCUGUCACGGUCCCAGCAAAGAACCAUCGGGGGCUCCAGGAUAGUGGGAACUGGUGGAGGAUCCGGCAUAAUCGCCGACAGCAUGGAAGGUUCGGGGAAUUCCGCCUCGGUGGAAGAGGGCCAGAAGCAACCCAUAAAUAAUCCCGAAAGUCCACCGGUGACCACCAGUGUUCUGGGCAUACCUCGGACGAGCUCGGUGCGAAGUGGACACGCCAGAGAAACGAGGAACAACAACGACAUCCUGUCGUCGAAAAAACACAGCCAGCGGUCGCUGAUCAACGAGCAUCGCAAGGAUCGGUCGAUUCGCAGAAAUCAGGAGGCCUCGUGGAUAAAGAGAACGAGAUAUAAGAACGUGUCCAAUAUCGAUGAUUCUGAGAAGAAAUGGUGGAGAUUCCUGAAGUGGUUGCCCGGCCUAAGAGUCCUCAGAUUUCCCAGAGGUUCGACCGUGCCCGAGGAUCGCGUGUUCGACGAAGCCGGGAAUCCCCGCGAGGAACUGUCGAUGACGAUGUGGAACGUCCACGAUAACAACGAGCAGCGACCUGUAUAGAACAUCCGUGGGUGUUUCCGCGAUUCGAGAUCUUCGAAAAGACUGAUUUUUUUUCUUCAAUCCUGUAAUAACGAUGAUGCGCAAAGCCAUUGUCACACUACGUAUUACGCGAUUCACGUCCGUAAUACGUAGUGUGACAGCG